AUACAGCUUUACCUGUCAGUACUGUACGUAUUAACUUUCUUUUCUCCCUCACCCCCUCUCACUGUGUUGUUGCCACGGAGUUGUUGCUUUGCUGUGUGUUAUUUUUAUAAUCAAGUCUCAUUUUAAUACAAUAAUAGAAAAUUUGGAAUUUUAUUUUUAAAUUUUACAGACAUGAACUAUUGAUAAAUUGUGCUCUCAGGUUUUAAUAAUUUGAGGUUAUGUCUCAACCAACAACAGUGAAACCUGCAGGGAAAAGCUGGAGGGAGAUAAAUCAGGAAAGGAAAGCAUUGAAGCGGAAACGUAAUGAAGAAAAGAUUGUAAAGAGAGAGAAGAAGUUGGCUUUGGAGAAAGAAGUGGAGCUUAAACAGAAAGAAGAGAUUUAUAGGGAGAAAAAAUAUUCGGAGAUUUCCACUGUUAGUAUAGCUGUGCCGGGUUCCAUAUUAGAAAAUGCGCAGUCAGCAGAAUUGCGCACGUACCUGUCAGGUCAAAUAGCAAGAGCUGCAUGUGUAUUCUGUGUAGACGAGGUGAUUGUUUAUGAUGACAUUGGCGACAAACUGGGCACUAAAAAGUCUAAAUUAGAGGAAGCUGAUGGAGUCAAAGUAGCUCGCAAAAGCUGCGUGCAGCUAGCCCGAAUAUUGCAAUAUUUAGAAUGCCCACAAUAUUUGAGAAAACAUUUCUUUCCUAUACAUAAAGAUUUGGAGUUUGCUGGCUUAUUAAAUCCAUUGGAUGCUCCACAUCACUUGCGAAUGUCAAACGAUUUUAAAUUCAGAGAAGGGAUAACAAUGAAUAAAAAGGUGAAGCCAGGCAGAGGUUCCCAAGUAAAUGUGGGAUUGCUGCAAGAUGUGUCUACAGAUAAACUAUUGAACCCUGGAAUUCGAGUCACUGUCCGAAUGUUGCCUGCAACUGAAGGAAGCAAGAAAGUCAAAGGAAAAAUUGUCAGCCUUACAACACCAAGAGCGGAAACUGGAGUGUACUGGGGUUACACUGUCAGAAUAGCUAAUAAUCUUGGACAAGUUUUUACACAAUCCCCUUAUAAAGAUGGAUAUGAUUUGACCAUUGGAACUUCUGAUAGAGGGAUUUCCAUAGAUGAACUACCUGAAAAAGAACUGAAAUAUAACCACACUCUCAUUGUAUUUGGAGGUUUACAUGGUAUUGAAGCUGCACUGGAAAGUGAUGAGCAACUGAAUGUAGAUGAUGCCAGUCUUCUCUUCAAUCACUAUGUCAAUGUACUUCCUAACCAAGGCUCAAGAACAAUACGCACAGAAGAAGCAAUACUAGUGGCCCUAUCAGGACUAAGAAACAAGUUAAAAGCUAACAAUGAACCAAUGGUUUUUAAAGAGUCAGGUAUUGCCUGUAGUUCAAUAUUCCCUGCUCCAAAACUGGACAUCUCGGACAAUUCAGGUGCUGAAAAUAAUAUAGAUUUAAGUAGAUUUGAUUAAAACCAUAGUGUAGAAAACAUGCUUUUUAUUUUCCAUGUAAAAACCCUUUUAUAAAAAUAUAUUUGGAAGCCCAAUGAUUUAAUAUAGGUAUGUCUAUGUACACAAAGAUUGAGACAAUUUUAUUGUUUUAAAAUUGCCUCUUGCACAGAAUCUCGCAGAAGUUUUAUAGUAGCAGCUUGAUCUUGUGCACCAAUAACAGCAGUCCCAGAGACAAUCAUGUUUGCUCCAGCCUGAAAUAGAUUUAAAAACUUUAUUUAGGAAAAAUGAAAUUAUUGUAGUAGUGGGCAAUAGACAUAGAAAUGUAGGUAUAUUUUCAUAUUUAGUUUACAUGUAAUUAUAGUUCUUGGACAUAUUUACAUUUGCACAGCAGCUGAUAGUUGACGGGCCAACCCCUCCAUCAACCUCAAUAUCCAAGAGUGGGUAAUUUUCUCUCAAUAACUUCACUUUUUCCAUUUGGUUUUCCAUGAAUUUCUGCCCACCAAACCCUGGCUCCACAGUCAUGAUUAGCACCAUGUCUGCUAUAUUUAUAUAUUUCUCAACUUCAGAAACAGGUGUCCCAGGUUUUAUUGCUAAGCCAACCUGUGAAUUUAGAAAUAAAUGCAGAAAUCACAAUUGAUAUUAUGUAGUUAGUGAUUUAUUAAUUAAUGUGGAAAUGCAAUAAAUUUAUUGUACUGUUAAGUAUGAGUCAAAUAAAAUAUGAAGGGUAAAUUAAGGUCACUAGUGUUUUCAUUAGUAAAUUAAUACUAAGAUAUUUCCUAGUAUUUCAAGAAUAAGUAAUUUGUAAACUUUUAAAAAAAUAAUAAA